UGACGGAUUGGGGUUCUAGCCUUAUUUCGAGUUUGUUGAUGUCUGCGAAAAAGUGUUUUUUUGCAAAAGUAAUGCAGAUCGAAGAUGAGAUUUCCCUUUUCGUCCAUGGUGACAUUCUAGAUAUUAUUCGCUUCGGAUUUCCAAGACACUAUUAUGAACGUACAUAUUUUUUUAACGAGAUGGACGACCUAUCGUCUUUCAGGAGAAUUCGGCUCCAAAAAAACACUGUCCUCAGAUUGAUAGAUUAAAUAAAGCAUCAACUCGAGUUUCAUAACCAUUUGAAUAAUAGUGUGUCGCCCAUUAAUCGACUCCCCACAUGCCUACGAUUUUAUGCCUGCAAUGCACAUUAAAAUUGUAUUGGAGACUUUAUUAGCAUGCAUCAGACAACAGCAUCCCGUAUAAUUGCAAAAGUUUCAAGAGCAAUAGCAGGUUUAUCAAAUCAAUAUAUCAGAAUGCCCAAUGAAGCUGAUGAAAUAAUAAGAGUUCAGAAUGACUUCUAUAGGAUCUGUAGAUUUUCACGAGUCAUUGGAUACAUUGACGGGACGCACAUAAAGAUGCAAUCACCAGGAGCUCAAGAUGGAGAAGCUUUUCGUAACAGCAAGUUAUAUUUUUCUAUAAAUUCUGAAAUAGUUGCUGGGCCAGAUUUGAAAAUAUUUGAUAUUAUUACUCGAUGGCCAGGAUCUACCCAUGAUUCAACUAUUUUCAAUGCAUCUCACCUAAGAACACGCAUUGAAGAGAGACAAUUUCAGAACGCGGCGCUCUUGGGAGAGUGGUUACCAGCUGAAAGUCUACCUAAUGACACAUCUACAAAAUCCAGGCAAUAUUCUUAUGUGCAAUGUAGUAGAAACAUUAAUUGGUGUUUGGGAAUGUCGGUUCCCAGUAUUAGCCUAUGGUAGUCGAUGUCGAUUAGAUAACGCUUUAACUACAAUUGUUGCCACUGCUGUGCUAGCAAAACAUGGCCGCGAAUGUGCUAGAGGAUUUGCCUCCCUAUCCAAAAGAACUCAACGGUCAAGAGCUGGAUUACCUAAUUUUACAAGGAGAUAUUCCUCAUGCACAUGCAGCGAAUGUUGGUCAAGACCCAUUUAAUUUUCGCCAAAAUCUGAUAGAUAACUAUUUUAGUUAUUUAUAAAACAUCUGGAUAAUAAAAACACAAUUUGUGGGAAAACUACAUACUUUUUAAAACUUUCCUACAGUAUCUUUAUUACACUAAAAAAAAGUAACAUACAGUAUCUUAACACAAAGUAAUAAUCAUCAUUAUAAGGUAACUUAAAUUUAUUUUUUGAUUGGAAAUUUUUAACUGAAGCAAAUCUAUUUUAAAUUUUCUUUCCAUUUUUAUAAAUUCUUGCUCUUAAUCUGUAGCUUUUGUUUUUCCAAUAGUCAGUAUUUUGUCUAAGAGUAGAUUGUAUUUAGAGGCAAUAUCAAAAGAUAUUAAAGCAGUCACAACUUGCUUCGGUCUUCUUGUAGACCUCUGUGGAGUCUGGGGAAAGUGAUUUGGAGAGCGACUUCAGGCCCCCACUUCAUAGCAGGCAUUGCUCCACCUCCAGUUGAAACUCUUUGGUUUUUCUCCUCACCUAUUUUCCUUCUUAAUUCUUUUUUCUUAUAUUCAUAGAACAUUAUCAAUGACUGGGCACAUCUGUAUGCAGUAGAGGGAGGAGUUAAAGUCUUUUUCAAUUUGGUUCCAAGCAUUGCUCUAGAGGCUCUGUCGGCCUUCUUGUCCUCUAAUAUUUUCGCAUAGCCAUGCACUUUUACAUUAAAUAAAUGCAUCUUUUCAUUAGCAGUAAAAUUCGGUUCUCAUUUCUUCUGAUUCCUUUCCAUUUCGAUACCUAACCCUCUUGAGCAUAUAGAAACUGUCACAUUUCAAAAUCUUUUGAAAGAAUCUAUAAAUUUGCAAUAUUGCCAACGUUUUGUUCAACGAUUCUCAUAUUCGAAUCUGGCGUUCCUGAUCCGAUUCCCCAAUCUGGAUUAAAGUAUCAAAUGAUGCUUAUGAGUUUUGUGACAUUUU